UGAAAAAUGUGAAUUGCAGUCAAAAUCAAUUCUUUUUCGGAUUUUUCAAUUUUUCUUGCGGUGCGUCUCUUCACUUCAUUGGAGAGUAUACCCUUUUGGCCACUGAGCUGCGUGACUGUGUUGGAGUUAGUGCACUGAAAGCAGAGGACACAACGGGUGACUGGUUGAUAAAGAAGAGAGUCGUUGAGGCUUGGAAGAACAAGAACAACAAAGCUACCAAACUCUUCAUACCCUUUGCAAAAUCUCUCAUGGCAAGGAAGAUGCAUUGCAACCUUCAAGAGAUAGAAAAGGAUAGUCCAAAAGUUUCAGAAGUGAGAAAGGAUUCUACAUCAACAUUACCUCAACAACAAAAUAAAACCUCUUCUUUUGAGGAUUGUGGAGAUUCUUCUGUUUCAAGCAUUAGCACUGAUAGUGGGUGUGCUGUCCUUACAUUCCUUAAUUUCGAGCCGGAUGGAAACUGGAGAAUUGUUGCCAUACCAGUACGCUGCCUCAGUCAUAUUAACUUAGCUUCCGGUCUACAUAUGGAUGGUCUGCAACUUCUUUUACCUCCUCCGCCUAUUGAUAGGUUGAAGAUUGACCAGUGUAAGGGUCCAAGAAGUCCUCUUCCUCACUAUGCUUAUUCAGUCAAAUCAUUCACAAGAAGAAACGAUAAUGGUUCGAAUGUGCGUCGUCGAUGUCAAAAUAAGAUUGCUAAGAAAGCUGCUCAACUGAAUGAACUGAAUGAUGUUUUGGGUAAUUCUCAUUCCCAAAGUUCAUUGGUGUGCAGCUCUGGCUUGUUUCCAGAUAAUUCGGCUGCAGUUAAUUCAUCUGAUAAGUUGAUGAGUACCACCAAGGAAGACAAGUCUCUGAAGAAAAACUCAAGAAAAAGGUUGAGAAAGAAAAUUAGACAGAGCAAGAAGAAAUCAAGUGAUAGUGGCUCUGCCGAACAAGAAGUUCCUAGUUUGGCUUCUGAAACUUGCAGUAGCAAUGACAUGGAUAAGGAGGCUGCACUUAUGACAUAUACAGCGGAACUAGAAAUAUCAUCUUCUGAUGAUAGAUUAGUAAAAGAUGAUUGCGAAAGGAGUGAAAUGAAUGGCAGCACGGGAGUUCCUGAAAGCUACAAGACUUUUAUUGAUGAUAUAGUAGACUCUUUGGUGUUGGAUUCAGUUUCAGUUGGUUCACACAGUGAUGCAAGUACAAAAGAUGGUGAAACAGGAAUACAAUCUAGUAAAGGAGGCUGCGGAGUUGCUUCAAAUUCAGGAGAUGGGUAUUUUCCUGGCCAAAAUGUAACGAAUGGGGUUCGGGACAACUGUGAACGUAAUGAGGGAAUUAGGAAUGGUGGUCAAAAUUUUGCGCCUAAUGAUAAGAGAGCAAAGCAAAAGAGAACAGUGUCAAAGAGUUCUAGUUUUAACAAAUUUGGGAAUGUUGGAGUCUCGCAUGGUCGACCAGGGAAGGAAAACAGUCAUUCCAUCUGGCAAAAGGUUCAGAAGAAAGGUUCCGAAGAAUGCAGUGGUGAUUCGAAGAAAGUGAACACAACUUUGUCACAAUCUGACUCCACUGUGAAAAAGGAUCCGCCAAUUGUCCAAAAACCCAGUUCUAGUAGUGUAAAUGUUACGUUGAGAACGGAUGAUAAAAAUCCUGUAAAAAAUAAAGUUGAUAGGAAAACAAAAGUGAAAAUGGACUCCACUUCAAGGAAAGGUCUCGGUAGUUAUUCUAGGAAGGGUUCCCAUUUUGACCGGUCCACAUUAAAUGAUGAUGCAACGGUGUGUUCUCAACAGAAUGAUAUGUCACAUGUCUCUUAUCAGGAAAAUAAUCAACAAGGGUUAACUAGUGUUUCCGGAUUGAGUUCUGAUACUAAUUGCGUGACGGAUGGGUUCCAGACCAACAGAGUUGAACAGAUAACAUCUGAACUAGUUCACAGUUCAGAAUCAGAGUCUCCCAAAAAGGCCUGCAAUGAUAUUGCAAGCAUGAAUACGGAAAAUAUAGACAUUCAAGAUAGCUCAUUAGCAACGCCUUGUGAGGACUCGGACCAAUUGAACAUGUCUAAUGAGCAAUCAUCCAUAUCUUGUAAUCCUUUAGGUGAUGAGGCUGAUCAACGAGAAAAAGAAGUUUCCCAUGCAGACUACAAUGCACAAAGCCACAGUUCUGGAACCAGUGGCCUUUGGAAAUGGAUACCAAUUGGGAAAAAGGAUACGGGGUUGACAAAACCCGAGAGUAGUAGUUCUUCACCGGAACAUUCUGAUGCACCGCAUAGCAAAAAUAUUAACUUAGUUAGCAAUGUUGAACCACAGGUAGCUUCUACUUCGCAAAAUCAGGAUUCAUCACUAAAUGCAAGUCGAACAGGCACAGGUCAGGUUUAUAGUAAUUUUGGUGGUCUAGUUGAGGGUGAGAAUCAGGCAUUAGGUAAUCAGGUUGCAUGUACAGUGAUAGAGAACAGUGUCAAUCAUGAUGCAGCUAAUCAGAUGGUUUACGAAUGUGAGAAUCAAGAGAUAUUAGACAACGAUUCCUACAGAAUAGCCCAAGCUGUGAACGAUGCGUGUGGGGCACAACUGGCUUGUGAAGCUUUACACAUGGCCACAGGUGAUCCAAUUGCGGAGAUCGAAAGAUUACUUCACUUUUGUAGUCCUGUUAUAUGUCAAUCUUCCAAUUCACCUGGUUGUUUCACGUGCGCUCAGAACUCUGUGGGUUGUGUCUCGCUCUGUAGACAUGAUAUACCCGACGUAUCUUUGGGAUGCCUGUGGCAGUGGUUUGAGAAACAUGGGAGCUAUGGUUUGGAGAUAAGGGCUCAGGAUUAUGAAAAUUCAAAAAAACUUGUUGGUAUUGGUAAUUCUAUGUUUCGUGCGUAUUUUGUCCCUUCUUUGUCAGCAGUUCAGCUGUUUAAAAACCAUGAGAAUCAACUAGCAAAUGGUGAUGACGAAUUUCCAUUUAUCACCUCGACAUGCUAUAGUGAUUUGGAGCUUCUGUAUGAAUAUUUUGAAUUGGAACAACCUCAACAAAGGCGGCCUCUAUAUGACAAGAUACAGGAGUUGGUUGGAGGAGAUACACCAAUGUUAGCUCAAACUUACGGGGACCCAUCCAAACUGGAAUCAAUCAACCUGCGAGAUCUUCAUCCUAGAUCUUGGUACUCUGUUGCAUGGUAUCCUAUUUACCGUAUACCGGAUGGCAACUUCCGAGCAGCUUUCUUGACCUAUCAUUCACUUGGACAUUUGGUUCGUAGAAGUAGAAACCCUGAUUCACCAACUGUAGGUUCUUGCGUAGUAUCUCCAGCUGUCGGUCUCCAAAGCUACAAUGCCCAGGGUGAAUGCUGGUUCCAGCUGAGGCAAUCUGCACUGGCAGCAGAGAUGCUGGGCUUAAACCCUUCUAUCCUUCUCAAAGAACGGCUGCGGACGCUCGAGGAAACGGCUUCUCUCAUGGCGAAAGCUGUUGUCAACAAGGGCAACAAAAUCUGCGCAAAUAGACAUCCUGAUUACGAGUUUUUUCUCUCUAGGCGACGAUACUGAGAUCUAUAAAAUUUUCAGAAAUUCCUCAAUAAGUAAUUAUGAGUAGGCCGAGGCCAAUUUAGUCGAAAAAAUAAUCUUGGCUAUGUCUGGAUAGGAGAUAAAUGACAAAUAGGAUCCAAGUGUGUGUGAUAAAUGGAACUGCAUAUUGUUUUAGGUCCUCUGUUUGAACUUAAAUUUGUUUGUACAUACAUAGCUUUCUGCAGUACCAUUUUAUUUUGGUUCUUUUAUUAUCACUUUGAAUUUUAGCUUAUUUUCAUUCUAUGUAUUCUGUAGAAAUAAAUAUAUAAAGUAUAUGUUGUAGUGCUGAUUUUCAGAUUAGCAAUUAU